ACCACAAGAACAUGGAGCUCGCGCUAUGCCAGAGCAUGGACUCCGUCAACACGGCCACCACUGAGGAAGAGGUGCGGACUUUGUUCGUGAGCGGAUUGCCUAUGGACGCCAAGCCUCGGGAACUCUAUCUGCUGUUUCGGGCAUAUGAAGGCUACGAAGGUUCUUUAUUGAAGGUGACGAGCAAAAAUGGAAAGACGGCGUCGCCUGUGGGGUUUGUGACGUUCCAUACUCGUGCGGGAGCUGAAGCUGCUAAACAAGAUCUUCAGCAGGGCGUCCGAUUCGACCCCGACAUGCCGCAAACCAUUCGGCUGGAGUUCGCUAAAAGCAACACGAAGGUCAGCAAGCCGAAGCCGGCAGUUGCCACGGCCGCGCCAGCUGCACACCCCGCAUUGAUGCACCCUCUCACUGGACACUUAGCCAGUCCAUUCUUCCCUGGUGGUGGUGCUGAGUUGUGGCAUCACCCUUUGGCUUACGGAGGAGAGCUGCAAACCCUGUCGCAUGGGCUGGUCCAUCCUGCCAUCCACCCGCAGAUGGCUCCUGUGCGUUCUUAUCUCUGACUAGCUGGGGCCGACAGGCCACACCACAGCCCCCUGACGUUGGGCGCGUGUGUCCUGCCCGCGCCGGCCCUGGGCUCGCCUGGCGCUGCUGUUGGGGCCCAUGCGCCUCCCCCCUCCCACCCGGGGCACCCGCAUACCCCCCACCCGCCUUGUUCUACCCUCUUCGUCGCUAACCUCGGCCAGUUCGUAUCUGAGCAUGAGCUCAAGGAAAUAUUCAGCAGCUGUGCGGGGUUCUCACGGCUGCGGCUGCUCACUGGCGCGGGCGGUGUGAGCGGGCCAGUCGCGUUCGUCGAGUACGUUAGCUCGGCAGACGCCGCCGCCGCCAUGGCGAGACUUCAGGGCGCUCUGCUACUUAGCUCUGAGGGGCCCAUCCAUCUCGAAUACGCGAGGCAAAAAAUGGCACACAACGGCUGGAUUCUCGCACAUGAAGGAGCAAAAGGGGGAGAAGAGAUCGAACAGCAUUAAUUCGUUCGUGACUCUUGGCACUUGACAACCGGCUCAUUGAGGGACGCGCAGUCUUAAUCCUUGGUAGGAGAUGGAGUUCUAAUAUCUUGUUUUAUAUUCGCCCAUUACAUUAUAUCGCCCAACCGAUUUCAAAGUUUGUUUUGUACCUUCAACUUUGUUCCUUAUUGUCUACAGCUUUGAAUUCAAAAUGGGUUAUGUUGUAGAUACGUUGGUCAACUAAUGCUUACAAUAAAAAUACAUCAUGGCGCUGAAAAUGACAAAAUCUAAAUGUAACUCAAUUCAUGUAACAUGAGAAUUUACUUCGAAUUUCUUACAAAAUACCUAAUAAUUACUUUUAGGCCGAGUUUUGUGAUGAUAUCAAUGUAAAUGAUCUUUAUAUACAUACGGACUUUCUGUUGAUGAUUUGAUGAUGUAAGUAAGACUAUGUUGAUCAAUGUGUAGAGAGCUGUCAUCUUUUUCACGUUGUCCAACAUCGGUGGUGUGCUGUGUAUUAUGUUGAUACCAAAUGUAGUGUAAAUGAUUAUUGAUUACUUUAUUUACUCGUAAUAUAAUAUACUUUAUUAAUAUAAUUUAACAUUCCACAUUAAUUGUUUACCGUUUGCGAUGAAAUAUUUUAUAUAUAAAAUUAAUUCUUUUCGACGGGAUAUAUUUUAUUGAAUUUGUGUAAUGUCAGAUUUAUUUACAAGUAACUUACUUAUUAUUGGAAAGUUUUUGUAUAUUCGUUUGUAGUAGGCAAGUUUACAAAUAUGACGAUCUGUUAUGAUUGUAGAAUAUUCAUAAAUUAAACAUCCUAGGAUUAAUCUCAUUCGAUUAAGCUAAAAACCAAAGGUGCCCUUCAUAGAUUGAUUACGUUUUGUUAAAUAAAUAUAUCAAGUUGAAUGGUUUUUAAUAAAAGUUGUAUUGUAAUAAACGAUACUUUUGUUUUAGUCUUGAUAAUAUUAUUAUAUUUAAAUGAAUUUCUUGAAUAUUUCAAAUUAUAUUUACCUAACGCUUUUCUUAGUGAUUUUUGUAAAGUAUGAACACUCGUUAAAGUGCUGGCACUUUGUUGCUACUUCGGUCGACUCAAUGUUGGAAGGUGUAGAGAUAGUGACGCCCCUUGGUGUUGCUUGUUUGUGAAGUGCAAUAAAAUGCUGAACAAUUACUUAUACACCACACCGUAUUCAUAUUAUAUCGUUUUAAAGUACGUUUAAAACCAUAAAUCUCGCUUCACCUCUGAUAAAACACUAAAAUAUAUAACUAAGUGAAGACAUAAGUAUAAAGGACGUCCUGAAUUGAAAUAGCAUGAAAUAUUAUAACUCCACUCAGUUCCCCGGUGACGUCUAGUUGAAGUUUAUCAAAGUGGUUUUUAAACGACUAUAAAACUUUUACCCUUCAUUUCAACUACUUGUCUUGUGCCUUGCGAAAACGUUUUCAUAAAUUAUGUUGACUUAAAUUUACCAUAUUUUUAUUUGGUGCGGUGUGGUGUGGGUUUUGUUCAGUUCCCGAGACUGGGGAGACAAGUGGAAUGAGAAUUAUUCGUCGGUAUAUACCUAUAUAUAGAACAUUCCAGAGUAUUUAUAUACUGUUUUACACUUAUAUAUUGUAAAGAAUAAAUCUUCUGAGCACAUGACCUAUAUCUUUGAAGAAAAGUUUUGUUGACGAUAUUUCUUGUGCCUGUAUGAUAAAAUAUUACAUCUUAAUUCUCAGAGAGAAGGUUGUUUGGGGUCAUACGGCAUAAUGUAUUAUCUUAAGUUGUUUUGUGUAACGUUACAUGAAAGAUCGGUGAAAUAUUGUCGCUGUAAUUAGACACCUACUUGACACAUUAAAGAUGAUAACAUAAAAAAUCAAAAGGAAUGAAAACUGUGCUAACAAUUUGAUAAAUAUUCGAUACUUUCACUUGUUUUUCCGUUUCCUGUCUGUUAUUGCGAGAAUUUAGCCUUGGCCUUAUAAGAGUAAAUAAAUAUUAAAUCGUAAUGUGUAAUUAGUAAUAAAUAUCUGGCGACCCGCCACGCUGAAUAGUGAAAUGAUUAUCUACUUGCAUGCUUUGACGAGCUUUUUGGUAAUAAUCUUAAAAUUAGAUGUAGUUCUAUUGUGUAACCCUUAGGUCAAUAUAUUAGGUAAGGGUAUUUAUUGUAGUUCGGCAUAAUUGCAUAAAUGUUAUUCAUAAUAAGAGAACGGUGUAAUGAAGUUAAGUUUAAUGGAGUAUUAGGUUUAAUUGAAAUUGAGAAUUAAUAUAUUUUUUAUUUUUAGCUAGUUGAUUACCGCGUAUAUGUACGCAAUACAAGUUACCAAAACAGCUCGGUAACUUCGUAGGUAGAGGUACUUCUCUACGGCAUAGCAAUAAACCAAAUAUGUUUAUAUUAUAGAUGUCUAGAGACGUAUUCUGCUGUAACAUGUAAAAAAAAAUAUGAAAAAUAUAAAAAAAAAUCCCUACAUAGGCUAAUAAAUUAAGGUUUUUGGAUAUUUUGGGAUGAUUGACGCGAAUUUUGUUCACGCAUCGCCGUUAAUAUUUCUCUAAGUGAAUUCUUAUGACAAAUAUUCAAAUAGUCAAUAUAUUGUACUUUGUAAUGACGUCAAUUUGUAACAAACUUAGUGAAAUUUUAUACGUUGUUUAUAGUGAUUGAUAAAUACAAAGCGUCGGUGGCUGAGACCAAAGAUAAGCGAUUUACAAUAUAUUAUUACUAACCUCAGGCCGUACCAAACACUAUCUGUAAGAGAUCUGAAAUCAUACAAAAAUACAUAAAACAAUGCGAAUCAAUUGAUUCAGUGCUAUUUGGUACAAGUAUCGUAAUUGAGUCAGAAACCUUUGUGAGCGAUUCCGAUACUUAGCCCAAAUAAAAUGCGAGUAAUGAAAUCUCUUAUAACCUUAUAAAUCGCUAUUGGAUCUUAUAUUAUAUAGUAAGUCAGUGUUUACUUUUUUAAUUCGAUAUAUAAUGCUAAUUUGUAUGUAAGUUGUGUAAUAGUGUAGAUCUCCCAUACCUCCGGCGUCCGCGAAUCCUGCGCAAAGUGAUACAACGAAUGUUUUUAUACCUGCAUCAUUCAUUGGUACUAUAUCUUUAUUAUUCAUCACUAUAAUUGCUUCAUUAUUAUAUUCAUAACUAUCACAUUUCAUUAAUUUCAUAUCUUCGUCAUACAACGGUAAUAUUACAUUAUAUCAUUUCUAAAAAAUUUCUUUACUAUUCACGUUUCAAAUUCUGUUAUUUACUCGAGUCAUUACUUAAAAGAAGGCUAUUCCAUUUCAAUUGCAGUUAUUAAAUCCAUCAAGUUAUUUAAUUUCAUUUACUAUACUGCAGUUACCUAACAUAUUUGCAUAAAACAUACUCAACCUAAGAUAAUUGUAUUUCCCUUUUCAUAGUCGUCCCAUGCCCUAUUACAUAACUUUAGGAGAUUUUACUAAAUUCCACAAAAUAUCUAUUAUUAAAUUUACAUUUACGUUAGAUGUUUCUAAACUUGUUUUGAAUUUUAACUUAUUACCCGCACUAAAAGUCACUUUUUUUUACUUUUGAUCAAAAUUCAUUAAAUUUAUACGUUUCCAUUUUUAUUUAUUCUGAGCUGCUUUUAAGUUUGUCACAUUAAAUUAAAGUUUAUUUAAUGGGUUAAUCAAUUGCUUCAUUGGGUUCUUCUGCAAUAGGAACUUUAACAAGUUUUAUGAGUAAAUUUCCUGGACUAGCCUUCUAUGUAUUCUCUCGUUCAUGAAUAUUGUAAUGGAAAGUAAUGCGCAGGAGUCUCGGUCGCCGCUUCGAUUCCGUCCAACAACAGUAGCUAGCGCGUAAGAGACGUCCAGUGGCUAGGGACACGCCUACGUUACCUUCAGCGGGACUACUCGAUACAUAUCAUCGUCUUAUAUUAAUAUUAAAAUUAGGAUAAACAAACUGUUUCAUAGAGACGUUUAUUCUGUAUCCUCUUCUACUUCUCGUAUUGCAAUCGGCUAUGUGUCACGCAGCUGUAUCGAUUUUGUGUUCUCGCUUUCACCAAACGCUUGUACCGAAUGGAGCUAUUUUGCUAAGAUCAAAUUGGUUUGCGAACGGGUAAAGGGGAGAAGUGGCGGACUGUGUCGAUAAAUAAUUGAGAACUGUUUACGAAUGUAUGGAAAUUUUAGUGAAGCUCGUGACAUUGGGCCGCGUGUGAUAGAGUUAGCGAUAGGGGUUUAGUAUCGCCUUGCAAGUUAGGUUAAGAAAAACGGUAACAAACAAAACCGUGCAUCGGAAACAUAUCAAUUCUGUGCCCCUUAAUAAAUUAGCUGAUAAAUAAAAUAAGAAAUACAUAUGAAUAGCAUUAAAAUAAUCUUUCGGAGUAUCAGAUACAGAUAAGUGUUGUUUUCGUAAGUCGGGAGAGUAGAGUAUGUUUUCGAAUAUGGCUGAUGCAUAGUACCCGAGUAGUGUCGCGCAAUUUCUGUUUUUCUAUUUCUAAUUUGUCGCAAAUAAAGUAUUAAUGUUAUUUUUAUUGUUAUUUAUAGGAUAAUUAAAAGGCUUAAUUACUAAAAUAAUUUUUAAUGUUCGCUUUCGUAUUCAGUAUUAAUGAACUUGUUUUUGGAUUCUGGUAACGGUACGUUAGUGUGUUGCCGGAAACAUAUUUGUAUAUCGAGCAAAGUAAACCUUACAAACUAUAUAAAUUAGUGGUUAAUUGUUAGAUUUGUGUGACUUGGAUUAUUUAAAGCUUUUAGAGCAAAGUGUUGUUGUGGUUUAAGAGAAAAACAUAAUGACAUUGUAAAAAAUAGUGAUAAAUUUAGCUUAAUUAUAUCAUUAUUAUGACUUUUAUAGAUGUUCAUUUUCUUUCCUUAUACUUCAUUGACUAUUGUGGCAGUGAAGAUGUCUUUGUUAAUUCAAAUAAAUUUGAGAUCAUCCUCAAUCGAAGUUUUUAUUCAUCGGACAUCCCUUCGAUUUCGCCGUCUAACAAGUCUCCAAAUUGAAAUCUGAGGAGACUUAAUAAUCUUCGUGACUGUACAAAUUUUCAUUUCCUCUCGCCUUCUGUAGAUAUAAUCUGAAGGAUGAUUCAAUCGAAUCCGUUAUUAGGAAACAUUUUUGUAAUAUUGAGAACCUAGUGGUUAAUAUAGGAUUCUAGUUUAGGAUAACCGAGAUUAGAUUUAAUUUAUGGUUGAGCUUUGUCUUUGCUUUGUAGGUAUUCUUCGUCUUGUAAAACGAGUUAUACAUUCUUAUUGUGAGUUCAAUUAAUAAGUUUUACGGAGACGUAGAUAAUUUCGGGAAAAUUGCUAAUAAAGUUUAAUUAAUAUUUAUGGCAAUGUUGUAUUUAUGUUAUUAUUAGUUUUAAAGCAUUAUAGGGUCCAAAGAUUGGGAAUAAACAUUAUAUGAUAAAUAAAA